AUGGUACAUACAUUGCUAAACAGUCAUUGCAACAGGUUUCUGGUAACACACAAACUAACUAAACAAAUCCAUAUCUUUCAGAAUGGAUCACAUCGAUGUGUAUUCUUGUUUGAAAAUGACGACGAAAACAUCUCAGACUCCUGGAAUUCCACGGGCUGUAAGACAACAGUUGAAGCUAAUCAAACCAUUUGUGUGUGUGACCACCUCACCUUCUUUGCUGUGCUGCUGGAUUUACGCCUGGACAACACGUUGGAUGAAAAAGAUGUGAUAUCAUUAACGUACAUCACAGUGACUGGCUGUGCAAUCUCUGCUGUCUUCUCAGCCAUCACAGUAUUCCUUUACUGUGCAAUGAGGAAGAAUAAAGGUGAUCACACCACCCAGAUCCACAUUAACCUCUGCAUUGCUUGCUUUCUACUGAAUACGAGUUUUCUGACAAAUGAGUGGAUUAGUAAGCUGAUGGUUGAUGGUGCCUGUAAGACGAUCGCUGUGUUCCUUCACUAUUCAUUACUGUGCACUAUAACAUGGAUGGCAAUUGAAGGACUUCAUCUCUACUUGAUGCUGAUCAAAGUGUUCAACAUCUAUGUCAAAUGCUACAUACAAAAACUGGCUUUGAUGGGUUGGGGCAUCCCUGCUGUGGUGGUGUCUUUGUGCAUUGCAGUGGACAAGAACAAUUAUGGACAGUUUCAAAUCCAGACACAGGACAACAGCUCUGUUUCCAUGUGCUGGAUAACAAAUGAUAAAGUGCAUUAUGUUACAAACUGUGGCUUUUUCGGCAUGAUAUGGCUUUGGAACCUGACAAUGCUAAUCACCGUCUGUGUCAAGUUAGCUCAGAUGAAAAAAGGAAUCUAUUCUGUGUCAAGAUCUGUGUGGAAGGAUCUGUGGACGGUCCUCGGCCUCAGUUAUUUGCUGGGUAUCACGUGGGCUUUGCCGUUGAUUUUACAUGGACCAGUGUACGUGGUUCAAACGUACCUGUUUUGCAUCUUAAACUCCCUGCAAGGGUUUUUUAUAUUCUUGUGGUACUGCACCAUAAAACUACCAUCCAAAGAGCAAAGUGCAAACUAUACAUCAGAUAAGUAAAGAAGAAAUGGAAAUGAAACUGCAUUUGCUGGAAAAGACCCCGCUGAUUAUUA